AGAAUGUCAAAUCCUGUCACGACACAGUCUCGACGACACAGUCUCGACCGUCACCAGGGUUAACAUCUCUCAUUCGCCAUCGCGACGUAAAUCAUGCGACGUGCCUCGAUACAGCAAAGCCCAAGAAACGAGACGCGGCACCUGAAGAACCCGCUCACCAUUCAACAAACCCCUGUCCUUCCCUAUCUGCAAUCCAGCAAACUGACCACCUUGCAGCGCUCCAUCGUUGUCUUUACGUAUAGGAUCGCUAUCCUGGCACCAACUUUACAUUCAAGCCAGCGAGCUCCAUAAACAGCUCAGCCUGCCGUAUCUGUCGGAGACAUACUCCUUGCGCCAUGCUCCGCCCAUUCCCCAGACUCACAGUCCCCCGACUUGCCACACAUGUAUCCUUCUCCCUCGCAUCAUCCGCGGCCUGUUUCCUUGAACCGUCAAGUGGAUAUCUGGGCGGGAUGCUGCUUUACGGGCGGUUCGUACCGCACACGGCGCAAAUAGCAUACCACAUCGUUGACUACCUCGUCCGCAACCGCAGCACCUUCCCGGACUCUCCGUGGCCACUCCAGGCAUGGAUAUUAAUCAUCUGGAUCUAAAUUUCCAGCGUUAUUUGAAUGAUGAGGGAUAGUGGAGACAAUGUUAUUUGAGUCUGUCUAGAGGACCAGUGUGUGCGUUUUGGGCGCAGGCACAGCCACGCACGAUGCACUUUGCAGCAACGGUCCUGUACGUGUGGUACCCCUUGUACAUUUAUACCUGUGGGAGGAGGCUGGUUGAUUGCGAGGGGAGUUGGACGGCGGGUACGGCGGGUAGAGAACGGGUUUGAGUUAGUGUAGUACCUCUACAGCUAGGGAUUAGACGCGAGAUGGGAUUGCAAGAACGGAAGAUGAAGAUCGGAUGAGAGUGCUUCUUGCGAAUUUGAGUGCCUGCUGUGUGUUGCCUUGGGCGAGCAAUAGGG